CCUGGGUGAUCGCGGUGGGUGACGUUCUGGGUAAGGAUACGCGUCGCUACUUGUCUCCCGCGCAGCUAUAGCCUGGGUUCAAAUUGGACGACGCGUCAGAUCCUUUCCCCCACAAUACUUUUCUCGAUGGAUAUCCAGGAACUUACCUCCUCACUUGGGAUAGACUUAUCCCAGUUAACGUCCUAUCUUCAGGACUUCCCCGGCAUGGAUGACAAUGAGAUGUCCGUUCCGGAUUCUCCAGUGGAUUCUGGAGAGGCGUCACCGCAAUCUGCUUUCGAAAAGCAGCGUGCAUCCCUCCAGACAUACCUCGAUUCAAUCCCUUACGAUUGUGAAUCAAUUGACUACAUGCAGGAUCGCCUCGAAGAAAUCGUCGGCAAAAUUAUUGUAUGCGCACAAACGAAGAACUGGCUUGUUUUAACCACGUGGGAUGGCAUGCUACAAUGUUGGUUAUUGUUACGUUACCCAAUGUCGAAUGCAAUUCGUGCCAAACUUGUUAGGCUGUACUAUGAACUUUGCCUUGUUCCAGGCUUAGAGCCUCGUAUUGUCAGAAGUUGGGCCGACAUGAUAUCUCGACUUCUCUGUAGCAAAGCCGACCAGCGGAGAAGAUUAGAACCAUCUGAUCUUCAGCUACCCUGGGAACCCUUAUGGCGAGUCAUGCAGAAAGAGCUGUGGCCAAAGAAACGGCUGCAGGAAUCCUCGCGAAACAUGAUCAAUAUCUUGCUCUACGUCGCCGAACAUUGCAGGAGGUAUUUCCCCACAAGCGAAAUCCCCAAUAUGUUGUCGGCUUUUAUCCCUAUGGUCACCAAGGAUACCAUUUUGACAAUGAUUCCAGUCAUGACAUCGUUUCUUCCACCGACAAAACCCCAGCUUUAUCUGCCGAUGUUUUUCAAGCUAUGGGAAGCUUUCAACUCCUCCAUCAUUGAUGAUCGUCUGUUGGAAUUGUGUGGAGAGCUUUCUGAGGAAUAUGUUGCCGGACGGUUUGGCGAUGCAGGUGAAAAUGGAGCCGAAUACAAGGACGUUGGCAUCUGGGCGGAAGCAGAAUGGACAACUUUGAUCGGAAAGGUCCUAAAUUCCAUGAAUGUUCCUGUUGGGGCAGUCAAAGGUGCUAGUACCACUGCCACUCAUGCCGACACGAUGGGUGACAGACAAUCUCUGAGAAUUCGAAAGCCUUUCAGUCGCUACAGUUCACUUGCGAAGAUUCUCGUCUUCUCCAUGUGUCUUGAUGGCCCAGAGCGAUCUGACCAUACAACUGAUGCAGGUCGCGGGUUUCUCGCUGGGUCUCGUGCCAUGGAUUCUCUUGACAAACUCAUCACUAGCACUGAGUCCUACUUCCAUCCGUCGAAUUCUGGCCACUGGACCAUGGCUCUUACCAGUUUCCUUCAUCGUUUGGCGGUGGAGUUUUGCAAACGAUGGAAAGAAGAGGAACUUCGCAGUUGCAAGACACCGGUUACGCGCCGUCUGACUCCUGCAAUUCGUCGUGCCUUUGUUACUACCCUCCGUACUCCUGCUCUUCUGGCAAUGUUUGCCAAAGAUCCUCUAUCUUCUAGCUAUGCGCAAGGCUCUCUCCGACUGUUGGCUAUGCUUGAACCGAAUCUUGUCAUGCCAGAGCUACUGGAACGUGCUUAUAGCGGGUUGGAAGUUAUCAACGAGACACAUCGGACGACACAGGUGAUGACCAUGUUAUCUGGUGUCGCUUUGCCACUGGCCAAUGAGAAGAUUUGGCUUAGUGGACAAAAGCAUAUUGUGCCAUUGCUCGAGCUUUGUAUUCCUGGUAUUGAUCUGAAUGAUCCCAUGAAGACGCUCUGUGCCUCGAUGUUCAUUGUAUCCAUAGCCCAGCAUAUCAAGAUUGGUGACCUAUCCAUGCAUCGCGGAGCUGCAUUUGCCGGUGACGUUCCUGCGGAGGAACUCAUGGAUAUCGAUCAUGGCAUUUGUCUCCCUGAAGGCACCGAGAACGGCAGCAUGCUCAGCCGAGAUGAUGAGCGUGCUCUAACCCGAGAGACUACAGCCGCUUUUGACGAUUGGGUAACCUCUCUUUUCCGCAGGGUAUUUGCCCUCUAUGAGAACCUGCCAGAAGAGGGGGGCCGACGAAACACAACUGGUGGGAAGAUGGAAGAAGCUGUGAUUAAGUCGAUCAAGGGUACCCUUGAUGUUGUCUGCCUUCACCUUUCAGAUCCGUUGUUUGAAUUGGUAUUGAAGCUUGUCUAUGAUUAUGCAACGACAAAUGCCAGGUCCAAUGCCGUCAGGGCCUUCGGACAACUUGUGGCUUGUUUGGCGCGAGUCAAACCGGAGAAGGUUAUUGCGAAGUUUUUGCCCUAUUGUAUCAAUCAGAUCCAAGAGGAGCUCAAACACGGCGCAUCCAGUAUCCGAACGACAUCAACACACCAGGCAGUGGCGUCCGACACAACGUUACACUGGAAUAUGUCCAUCCUGCGCGGAUGCCUUGGUUAUGGUGGUUCUGCGUUGCUCCAAUACAAGGAUCAGUUCCUUGACCUGAUCUCAUUACUCAUUGACAAAACCAAGAGUGAACGUGGUUAUUCUGGAACGGGACGUUUGAUCAAUCGGAUCCUACAUACUGUUGCAGGCAUAUACCCUAUCAAUGCUCGCUUCGUGAAUACCGAUGAAUGGGAAUCACCCGAGUUUGACAGGAACCACAAUCUCCACUGGGGCAAGCUGUAUGAUCCACAGGAUGUUAAGAUUGAGUGGCAUGUCCCAUCUCCGGGAGAAAUCGACUUCGUAUUGGAGGUUCUUGACAAGAUUGCGGCUCCUGCUCUUGAUGCGGUUGAGGAACUUCUACAGACCGCUGGCCACUGGGAUAAUGUAGCCCGGAAUGACUUCUGUCGUUAUCUGCACGCUGUCCGCUCGAUUUGGAGUGGUUUACCUACCAUCUACCGUGAAGGAGCGAAGGAGAUGAAGACUCCUUGUGUGGACGAAGCAUUGGAAGUUCCGGGGCUCCUUGUCAACCACUUGAAUGUAGCAGCUGGAUUCGUUCUCGAAGAUCCGAAUGACCCACGAUACCAGAAAGUGGUGGCUCAUCGAACUCGUUUUGGUGUCGUGGUCCAUCGCGCUGCGAUUGCAUUGCGACAACAGACCGAGGGAGAGGACCAUAUUGAUGCGGUUAUCAGCGUCUCAAAGGCCAUAGACGUGUUUCUCCUGGAGUAUGCUAUGACUCGAAGCAACUUUGAUACUAUGCAGAAAACGUAUUCUGCAACCCGGGAAUUGAGCCGCAUGUGGCCUCGACAGAAGGAGAAUUCUCGCGCCGUUAUUCUCAAGCGUGCUCAGUUAUAUCACUCCGGUCGCGUCUACCUGGAGUCCCUCUAUCGUCGACGUUCGGAGUUAGAUGACCAACUGCUCGAAGACUUGACUUCGCUGUCAUUAUCACCCUAUACACGAGUACGAAGACAUGCUCAGGCGGUUCUGAAUAAUGCUUGCGGUUAUUUCAUACGCUCCACGCGCUUUGUCAUACCUCAAUUGUACCAGUCUCUGACAAGAGGCACUGAUGCUGAUCGCAUGAAGGGUGCAUUAUACGUAUUGUGGAACAAAGGAAUCGCGUCUUAUGCUAUAUCUGACGUGAAGUAUGGCGGUCCCUAUUUACUCAAUUUACUGGAAUGCCAGCAUCAGGAAAAGCCAUCCGUCCAAAAACUUGUUGGAAGCCUUGUGCAAAGCAUUCUAGUGUACAUCACAGAAGAGGCCAUUCACACUAAUGCCUUUAUCGAGUCUGUCCCUCGAAUUGAUGAAGCUGUGCAAUCUCUGUCUGCGGAGUUCACCCCUAAACUCAUUGAUGAGAACAUUCUGCGCGAGGCCAUCUCGAAGCUUCAGCCUCGCGUGGCUGAACGUAAUAGACAGUAUGAUUUGGCGAUCUCCGGGAUACUGGAGAUUGCCUCCAGGCCAACAACACACUGGAGAUAUGUGCAAUUCGCGACUCGAUUCCUACAUGGUCUACUAAAGAGAGACUCAUGUCCUUCUCCUCUUCUCGCGAAAUUCCUUACCGAAGAGAGCAUUAGCCCCCAUCCAACGAUCAGAUCGUAUGCCCAGAAGGGAGUGGUCAAGAUGACAGCUCAUAUCAAGAUCCGCACAUACUCGAAGACGAGUGAUGAAGUAUGGUUGGACGAGUGGAGGAGUCCUUUGCGAGAGACAAUAACUAUCACCGAUCCUGCUCAAUUCGUGCAAAGUCUCACACAGCCUAUCGAGAAGAACUCGAAUAACGCACUUUAUAUAGACAAACUUGAUACAGGAUUCCUGGCCUGGGUACCCACGAUCAAGGCGUACAGGCCAGUCACCUCAGAACAAUCCCCGAUUCAAUGGGAGCAUGCUUCUUUGGCUCUUUUGCAAGCUAUGAGCGAGGUAUUCAACACCGGGAACUAUUUCAGCAAAUUAGCUCUUCUUUUGGGCCAAGAAUCAGGUAGAAAUCCUUCUAAUCUGGAGCUUCGAGCGGACAACAUCGUGUUUAUGAAAUCCAUCUCAAAAAUGUUUGAACAUCGAUAUGUCAACGAGAUAUUGCUUGUGAUCGAGCCUCUUCUCACAGAUCUGGAUCGAUAUAGGCAGCGCGCUGCUGCCGAAAUCUUAGCUGGAUUGCUUCGAGGCUCGAAACACUGGCCACUGCCAGCAUUCAAUGCAUUGUGGUCCUGGAUGGGAUCUCACAUGGAUCAGAUCUACGCCCAGAUCAAACCCGAUACACUCUCCUUCUUAGAGGGUCUCUUCAAUGAACAAUUGUCGGAUCGUGAUUCUCGUCGUAUUGGACCUCUCGUCGGGUGGAUUCUAUCUCUUCCGCUCGAGUUCCAUAGCGACUCAGCCUUUUCAAUGACCAAGAAUUUGACACUCUUCAAUGUUAUUGUUGACUGUUCUUGGGCGCAAUUCGCGCCGCUUGCUGAUCAGUAUGCGAGCACAUUCUUCGAGAAUGCGAAUACCGGAUACGCCGAAGUUCGCACUCAUAUUGCAACGAACCUGGCUGCUAUUGUCAGUUCUCAAUGGCAACCUUGGUAUCCGUCCACCGAUGCGUUCCUUCAAGCCUGCGAUACAAGUCUUGAUCCGUUGGGUAUAAGACGCGCUCGUUACAUUGACCGUUUGUCUGAGAUUGCUUCUCGGCUUCCUGUUUGGAAGGAGCAGCGAUACCCACCUCCCAGGGUUAGCCAGUCGCAGUACGAUAAGGUCGGGCUUACAGUGCUUCAGUGGAUAUGGACGGCAUCACAUGGUCCUCAAGCACCUCUGAUCUUCCCAUACGUUAUUUCACUGCUUCCUGAGGUGCUUCGCAUGUCGGAGUUGAAUGACAGCUCUGAACUACAGAAGUAUAGUUCCGCAGUCCUUUAUAUUCUUUCUGCAGUCCCGCCGCCUGCCGAAUAUGUCGAAAUUAUCGCAGACAACUUCCUUACCGCCAUUACUUCCUCUACCUCGUGGCGAAUUCGGCUGCAUGCCUUACCCACAUUCAUUGUUUUCUUCUAUCGGAACCUAAUGAGCAUGUCCAGCAGCGUCGUGGCGAAAGUCAUGGAUGUUCUACUGGAAUGCCUUUCUGACGAGAACGUUGAAGUGCGCGAGAUGGCGUCGAAGAUGUUAUCGGGUGUUGUGCGAUGUUCUCAACGUCAAAGCAUAAUACCUUUGAAGGAUCGAUUUGUCCGGCUCGCUAGUAGAACGAGCAUACCUUCUCGCAAGGACCCCAAAUAUGCGGAGUCGUUGCGAACCGUUCAUUCCGCGAUAUUAGGUCUAUGCGCUCUCCUUGAGAGCUUCCCCUAUUCGGUCGAGCCGUGGAUGCCGCCUCUCACAGAAGUACUUGCGGCUCACGCAACCGAUCCUCCUCCAAUCUCAACUACUAUUCGUAAAUGUGCUUCGGAAUUUAAGAAGACACAUCAGGAUACGUGGCACAAGGACCAACAAGCCUUCGAUGAAGAUCAGCUGCAAAGUCUCUCUACCAUGCUCGUUGGCACUUCUUACUAUGCUUGAGGGCUUGCACCGGAUUAUCUACUAUAUUCAUGACUGUGAAGUGUAUCUAUAUCUGUAUACUUUUGCUCAAUAUAACCUGAUGUCUUAAUGCUCCUCAGGCCUAACUAAACAUCCAGCAUGUCCGCCGAUGAUGCAAAGAUGGAAGUUCGGUCAACCGGGAGCGGAGACAAUGCGUAUAUGGCAGUUGGUACCCUCCAUCAUGGCUAUUGAUUAUUACACGUUGGUGCUGGACCGGUCCAUUCUUGUUCAUGCUAUCAUGUCGACGGUGUCUAGGUCUUGAAGGAGCCUGCGGUGCUGAGUGAUCACCGUGGACGCUACAAGCAAGUAUUAACCGUACGUACCGUACGGACGGGCGACUGAUGAAUAUGAACCCCCGAUUUCGCGAGUUACGUUGCCGGGUUGACAUACCACGGCAAUGAUAAACUGAAGAUGGAAUAGAGAUCGAUGAGGCGAUUGAAAGGCUUAUAGGGGUCUUCGUUGGAACGAUGGAAGACUUCUCCCGCGACUUCAAGUUCAUCCGAUAUGUAAGAAAAUUUCAAGGUCGUACUUGGGGGAUCAGACUUGGAAGAGCCGUCUGACAGCAUCUUGCAUACAACAAGUUCCUUGUAUGAAACGAAGAUCAGAAAGAGGUGACGGCAACCAACGUGCAGCAUGUAUUGUAUCGUGUUCGGUAUUACCAUUGAAAGAGAUUAUCGCUCGGACUGACGGCAAAAACCAUGGCUUCUGGAAGAGCGACCAUGCACCGACUUGGUCAGAGCUGUUGGCCUUCUUUCCGCGAAAUUCGGUUUAUUUU